AUGCCGAGCAUCGAAGUGACAGCCCUGCCGGCCUCUGCGGCGCACUCCCACACCGUCGUCUUCCUGCACGGGCGAGGCGACGAUACAGGCAACUUUAUCGCGUCCCUCAAUCACUCGAGGACCUCGCGCGGCGAGACCCUCUCCGACGCCUUUCCCAGCUUCCGCUGGGUCUUCCCCCAGGCCCCGCAGCGCAGGUGCGCCAGCGCGCCGCAGACGUGGCCGCAGUGGUUCGACGUCUGGGACACGCGCGACUUUGCCUCCAACGAGGAGCUGCAGGCCGAGGGCCUCAAGGAGAUGGUGCCCGAGAUUCGGCAGAUCCUCGCCGACGAGGCGGCCCUUGUCGGCGGGCGCUGGGACCGCGUCAUCCUCGCGGGUAUCAGUAUGGGUGCGGCCACCAGCAUUCACACGCUGUUCAAUCUCGACAUUCCCACGCCAGAGGCGAGGCUCGGUGCGUUUCUGGGAUUCUCCUGCCGCUGCCCCUUUGCGGGCCGCUCGCUGGCGGGCAUGAGAGCGGUGCUCGGCCUGUCGGGCGUGCCCGCGCACAACAAGGUCCUGGCCAACACGCCCAUCCUGCUCGAGCAUUGCGUAGAUGACCCGCUGGUGCUGGUACAGAACGGGCGCGGGCUGCGUGAUGUUCUCACCGAGUUUGGGGCGGAUGUAUCCUGGAGAGAGUACCAAAGUGGUGGACACUGGUUCAAUGCCCCUGCGGGUAUGGAUGAUGCUGUUGCUUUUUUGCACCACGUGGUGCAACAGACCAAAUAA